CCACGUUACAGGCUCCUUCCACGAAGUUUCCUCCUUUCCUAAAAACCCCACCCUUUCAUUCCUCCUUUUACGUUUGGAUUUCCAUGAAUCAGUUUUCCUUUUCUGCAUUCCUCCCUCUCUCUUUCUCUACGCCGGCCUUUUGGCUUCUACCGUUUGGAUCUCUCUCUCUCCCCCCCAUCGGCUUCAGCAUACGUACGUAUACAUCUCUCAACGUUGGGAAAUACUGUAUAAAAAUAUGUUCUUAAAGCACUCUGUUAAGUGAUGUUGAUGUUCUGGGCAAGUUACAUUCAGUUGCUGAAAUAAUUGGUGCUACUGAUAAAGUGGAGAUAGUUCAUCAUUCUUGUUGAAGCAUGGCGAUGGGAACCUUAGAAGAGAUGGCAGACGACGAAUUCGAAGUAGAAAUCCUUGGUAGUUCAUCAUCUCCGAGUGCAAGAAAGAUGCUAACUUUUGAGACUUCUCAUUGCUCAUCUAUAGCAGAUGUUGCCCAUGCAUGGACUCCAAAGCGGAUGCGUAGUAGAUUACAAAAGAAUAUUUAUCUCGUCUUAAUUAACGGCAAGAUUAAUGUGUUGUUACCUUUUGGUCCUCUGGCAGUCUUGCUCCACUAUCUUACUGGAAAGCAUGGCCAUGGAUGGGUUUUCUUGUUCAGCUUGCUAGGCAUAGCACCUUUAGCUGAGCGUUUGGGUUAUGCAACAGAGCAGCUUGCAUACUACACUGGACCGACAGUUGGGGGUCUUUUAAAUGCUACAUUUGGAAAUGCGACCGAAAUGAUUAUUUCGCUCUAUGCUUUGAAGCAUGGGAUGAUACGUGUCGUUCAACAAUCAUUGCUGGGCUCUAUCUUAUCAAAUAUGUUGUUAGUACUUGGAUGUGCUUUUUUCAUUGGCGGAAUAGUUAAUCAUAAAAAAGAUCAGGUCUUCAACAAGGCAGCUGCUGUGGUGAACUCAGGAUUACUGUUGAUGGCUGUCAUGGGUAUAAUGUUUCCAGCUGUGCUUUACUUCACGCGCUCGGAGGUGCAUGUUGGGAGGUCAGAGUUGGCUCUUUCGAGGUUUAGCAGCUUUGUGAUGCUGGUAGCCUAUGCUGGCUACCUCUUUUUUCAACUGAAGAGUCAUCAGAGUCUUUAUGAUCCUAUUGUUGAGGAAGGAGAUCGCCGUGAAGAAAACUCUUAUGAUGAGGAUGUUCCUGAGAUAACUCUGUGGGAAUCAAUUGCUUGGCUUGCUGUUUUGACAGUAUGGGUUUCUGUUAUCUCUGGAUACCUUGUCGAUGCUAUACAGGGAGCAUCUGAUUUAUGGAACAUGCCAGUGGCUUUUAUUAGUGUCAUUCUGCUUCCCAUCGUAGGAAAUGCUGCAGAACAUGCAAGUGCGAUCAUGUUUGCGACAAAGAACAAGCUUGACAUCACACUGGGAGUUGCUAUUGGAUCAUCUACUCAAAUAUCGAUGUUCGUGAUUCCUUUCUGUGUGGUGGUUGGUUGGGUUAUGAGACAACCAAUGGACUUGAAUUUUCAGCUAUUCGAGACUGCUACACUCUUUAUAACAGUACUGGUUGUGGCAUUUAUGUUGCAGCAGAUGAUAAAGGAUCUGCAGCUUGAAAGAGGGUGGAAAAGGAUGGCAAUCUCAUUAUCCAUAUACACACAAACAACAAGGUCUAUGCUGGAGGAUGGCAUGAGCUUUUGCAGUUUUUCAUUGCCCAGAUUAUGUAUGAAAGCAGGGAUUGCUCCAUCAGCCUUUAGAGGCUUUGAAUUUUGAACUUUGGUGAAAGAGGGUUCCAUUUCCCAGCAGUGGGAAAAAAGAAGAGCCAAGGGAAUGGACGGUUUGUAAUCUUUAUUCUUCAUAUUCUUUCAUGGAUGGGCUGAUUUUUAGUCCUGUAAUUGGAAAAGAACCUUCUUAGAAUCUCCCUCUCAAGAUAACUUUUGUAUAAUGCACUUCCAAAUCCCAAUUUCAUUUUACAGUGGUUGUAUAGUUGGAGCUGCUGUAACUUGAA